AUGAAAUGUCGCGAUGGGUGCGGUCAAUUAUACCAAAAAACAGUUGAGGCUUGGGGCAAUAUAGACUUGCCCGCUGCUAUAGAAGCGGCACUGCACUGGAGUUGGAAAAAACAGCUCAAAAGCAUUAGAGUUGUAUCAGAAGACUGCGCGGCAGUCAUAUCAGACCGCCGUUCAGCUAUUUCGGGGGAGCACAUCAGCACGGUUGUACGGAACAAAUACGUUCGGGGAAGCGCUGAACAAAUGUGGAGUAGUAUCGGCCUGGCCGUUCAUGCAAUAAGAAGUCAAUUCUCCGCGAUGGAUGCUCUGGUCAUUAUAAAGCGUUAUUUUACAUUAUAUCAAUAUGCGGCAGAUAAAGAAGAGCGACCGCACAACAACUUGCAAUCACCGUCAGUGAAACAAUACGGAGACGUUGAUUAG